AGUGGUUGGAUUGGGAUGUUCACUGGGGCUACGGAAUUUUGGCUUUUGACCCAGGCCAAUUGCUCGUUCAGCCUCCCAUCUGGCUCCAGUUGCCCCAAUUCUCAUGGCCUCCAGGAUGCUGUCGAGCACUCCAUUGGCUUUUAGCUCCCUCGGCCCGGCCUUGCAAUCAUCGUCCAUCGGGCACCUCCGUGCCCAGCCGAAGCCAAGCGGAAGAAGCUACGGCUCCAGCGGCUCGGUUGCGGCGGCCCUGGCCACAGGACUCAUCUGCAGGCAAGCCAGCCGCGCGAGGAGAUCAGCGCGCGCCAACGCCAGCACAACGGUUCUCAGCAAGGCCGAGAAGCUCCAGGUGCCCGGGUUCCUGGUGAACAACGUGGACAUCUUCAUCUUCGACUGCGAUGGUGUGAUCUGGCGCGGGGACUCCAUCAUUCCGGGCAUCCCACAGGUGAUUACCCAGCUUCGGGCCCAGGGCAAGAGGCUCUUCUUUGUGACCAACAACUCCACCAAGAGCCGCGCGGGGUACCAGUCCAAGUUCACCUCCCUUGGGCUGGAUGUGCAGCCGGAGGAGAUUUUCUCCUCUUCCUUUGCGGCUGCAGCGUACCUGGAGCAGACCAAGUUCAAGGACACUGGCAAGAAGGUCUACAUCAUUGGAGAGAAAGGCAUCUCAGAGGAGUUGGACUUGGUCGGAAUCCCAUGGCUAGGUGGAGAGGGCGACAAGGGAAAGGAGCCAAACAUGGGAUCGGGAGGAAAGGUGGACGUUGACCACGAUGUCGGUGCGGUAGUCGUAGGCUUUGACCGGCACAUCAACUACCACAAGCUCCAAUAUGCUCAGCUCUGUUUGAACGAGCUGCCCGGAUGCGAGUUCAUCGCAACAAACAUGGACCGUGUCACGCACUUGACAGAUGCUCAAGAAUGGGCCGGGAAUGGUACCAUGGUGGGAGCAGUGUCAGGCUGCACUGGACGGGAGCCUACAGUGGUCGGCAAGCCUGCGCCCCUCAUGAUCGACUACAUUGCGGAGAAAUAUGGCAUCUCCGACCGCUCGCGCAUUUGCAUGGUUGGGGACAGGCUUGACACGGACAUCGCCUUCGGGCGAAACAAUGGCUUGAAGACCUGUCUGACGCUCUCUGGUGUCACGAGCGAGGACGAGCUUCUGGAUCGCGUACCCCGCAAGAAGGGCACGGAGGGCAUCCAGCCAGAGUUCUAUGUGGACACCAUCAACGAUUUCAUUUGAGAGUCUCUGGGUAGGGCAUGCAGCUAGCCAUUUGUGCCUCCCCGAAAGGGCAACAAAGAGCACAGAGCUGAUGUAUAUUUAGUUUUUCCGCAUGAAACUAGCUUGCCUUGAGGUACAAAGUAUCUCAGGUUUUCCGUGGCAAGGGCUUAUGGCCAGUUUCAGCGCACGGGUUGAAACCCGGGAGCAUGGAGAGACCUGACGAGGUUCAAACAAAAGGCUGCUGUGGUCAGAGACGAGAGAAGGACUGCAUA